AUGGCAGCAGAACAGAGAAAACGUCUAGAAAAGUUAAUGGGUGCAGAUGCCCUUGAUCCCCAAUCUUCUUCACGGAAACAUCAUGUCAACUUACAUAACCCCCGUAUAUGUCGAAGCUUUUUAGUGGGGACAUGUCCACAUGACUUAUUUGUGGGCACAAAACAAGAUCUUGGGCCUUGUCCCAAACAGCAUUUGGAGAAUUAUAAAAUGGAAUACCGAGCUCAGAUUUUGAAAAAGAAGAAGUUUCCUGAGUUUGAUUUAGAUUAUGAAAGAGAUUUAGAACGGUACAUUACGGAGUGUAAUAGAAGGAUCGAUACUGCAAACAAACGUUUGGAACGAACGCCAGAGGAUAUCGCCAAGAUGCAGGAAACAACCCAAGACUUGGAAGAGUUAGACAAGAACUUGGCCCUUGCACUAGAAGAAGUUGAGCUUCUUGGUGAAGCAGGUGAGAUUGCCAAAGCUGCAGAGGUUCAUGAGGUUAUGGUAGAGCCACUGCGGCAGAAGCGGGCUCAAAAGGAAAGAGAGCUUAGAAUGCUAUCCGAUCAAUCUGGGUUUUCUGGGCACCAAAAGCUCCAGGUUUGCACUUUGUGUGGUGCCUAUUUGUCACGGUUGGAUAAUGACCGGCGCUUGGCAGAUCAUUUCACGGGUAAGAUGCAUUUGGGGUACCGGUUAAUGCGCCAAGCGUACAAGGAAAUUAAGGCCAAAAAUGAUCUUCGGAGGCGAACAACUGGUGGCGGAAGCAGCAACAGUGGUGCUACUAGCAGUAGUGGUACCAGCAGUAUUAGUCGUGGAGGUGGUGGAUCGUAUAGACCUGGCGACCAGAUUGUUGCAUGA